AUGGCGUCCCACCCUCAUCUACGCGAGAAGCUGGGUCCAGUUGACGAGGUGGUAUCCAUGCAGCUGAGUGGGAUUAAAUUUGAUUACAUGAGCUACAGCCAUGCACUGGCUGUGCUCACAGUCCAGCCGCGUUUGCGGAUCUACAAACUGAAGAGCAACCUGAAAAGGAACGCCCAGCGUUUCCCGCAACCCGAUUACAGAUUAUAUCCUCACGCUGAAGCGUCCAGCCCCGAGAAAUCGCCCGAGCAUCGUCAGGAUCUGAGGCCUGGUGAUGAGUGUAUUCCUGGCCUCACGUCCCUGUGCCACAACCUCCUCGGAGUGGUGGACCCAGAAGCAGAUGGGCUCGACCAGCUCAAGGGAGACCUCCUGCGACAGGCUCGCGAUAUCUCCAAGGAGCACAGAUCAAUAGUAAACUCAAGCGUACUCCGCACGCUGCAGUAUCUCCUGUUGGGAGUUCCUCCAGAAGGAAACCAAGCAGGAGGUGUAUCUGGCUCCUCAAACGGUGGCGAGGUGGAAAACUGGCGGACUCACAGGGCGAUUGAGCCAGUACGGCGUGAGGGAGCGAUGGCAAAUCUUCUGCAGCGCCUGAGAGAUACUCGAGGCAGCAUUCUCGGCGAUGAGGAUAGUCCGAAUUCCUCCUGGAGAUGGUGCGCUUUCAUUGACGGCAAGAGGAUGCCUUGGCCCAGCUCCCUGUCAAAAGAAUGGGUAUUCUGCGUGGCAGCCGGACUGGAAGGCAAGUUUGGCUGCCAGAUGGUUGAAGGUCUUCGUGUUGAUGCGACACACGACGACAUCGUGAUCCGGUUCUCAACUUCGAGGUCCUCUGAGGAUCUUGUAUCUCAAUUCCCAAUUAACCAGACUUUGGGGGUGACGACCCCGGCGAGACGGAAGCACCUGGCCGAGGCGGCUGUUGGGAUCUUGCUAGCACUUGUUGGCGAGGACCACACAGAAGCUCACCAGUACAUCAGCCUGGCGCCAGAGAGUCACACGCCACCAGAAGCAGACGCAGAGGACCCGAGUUUUGCGCUACUCAAUGUGAACGUGCAAUGGGCUGCACGGCUGCCAGCCGCGGAGGCACCACUUUUCGAGGUCCCUCGGCCGCACGAGGCUCCCACGCAGACGGACCUCACAGCGGUGGUCGGGACACUCACCCCUUGGAGCGGAGGGUGCCAAGCGAAGGCCAGCUGCUGCUGCAGUACGAACAUGGUAUAUUCUGUGGAUAAGAACGCAGUUGCCGAGUUACAAUCUAUUGACGAACUAGUCGUGGCCGUGAGCUACGUAUGGGAUCAAUAUGACGACAAAGAGCUGGUCAUCACGUUGGCGAAGCUCUCACGCUCUACUGGAGUUGACAAGUUUUGGGUGGACCGCUGGUGCAUAAACCAAUCAUGCCAGUGGCACAAGGAGAUAAUGAUUCCUGAAAUGGGUCUCAUAUACUCAAAUUGCGAGUUCGUGAUUGCCUUCGGCAGUGAGGAUGCAGUUCGCAGCAUGCCGGUGGAGGAGCCGUAG